UACAGUGACUUGGUAUAUGUUUUAAAGGAAUAAUGCAAAAAUCGGUACAAGUUAAUGUUGCAUACAAUGUGGACGAGUCUAAUUUUGUUGAAAAAGUCCAAAGUAAAAGAAGACCAUGUGUGUUAAAAGGAUUAGAUAUUGGAGAAUGUUCAACCAAGUGGACAGCUGAGUAUUUAUCCAAUGUUGGGGGUAAAGUAGAGUGUGUUAUACAUGUGAGUGAAACACCCCAGAUGGAUUUUAUCAAUAAAAACUAUCUCUACCGUAAACUACCUUUCAGUGAAGUUGUAAAAAGAGCAGCUGAAAGAAAUCACACAGAAUAUUUUUUAACUAAAAAUGAAUAUUAUUAUUUUCGUUCACUUGGCGAAAAUGUGAGAAAAGAUGCAUCAAAUAUUACAGAACAAUUCCAACAAAUUAAAGACGAUAUUAGAAUACCAGAGUUUUUCCCACCUCAGUCAUUCUUCUCCAGUGUGUUUCGAAUAGCAUCUGCUGGGAUGCAACUUUGGACUCACUACGAUGUUAUGGACAACUUACUCAUACAAGUAAAUGGCCGUAAGAGAGUUGUGUUAUUUGCACCUUCAGAUGCGCUGCAUUUGUAUCUCCAAGGUGAUAAGUCUUUGGUGACAGAUAUUGAUAACCCUGACAUAAAAAAGUUUCCUAAAUUUGUACAAGCCGUACGUUUUGAAUGCGUUUUAGAAGCAGGGGAUGUUUUAUUUAUUCCUGCUUUGUGGUUUCAUAAUGUUGUAGCUCUUGAGUUUGGGGUGGCAGUUAAUGUAUUCUGGAAAAAUCUGCAAUCUGAAAUGUACGAUAAAAAAGAUCCAUAUGGAAACAAGGAUCUCAUACCAGCAGCACGUAGCAUGGACAUUUUAAACAGAGCUUUAAAAGUUCUGGACGAACUACCCGAAGAUUAUAAAGAUUUUUACGCCAGGCGAAUGGUGGCAAGAAUACAAGAAAAAUCUUUUAAAACUGAAAAGUUAUAAUUUCACUUCACUUUAUAUUAAUUGUUGCACACAUUUUCUAUUUAGA